AGUGAUGUCAGGUCAGGGAGGGCUUACCGCAGGAGAUAAGGCCAUCUAAUGGAGAUGAAAUGAAUCGGUAUUUAAAAGGUCUUUUUUAGUUAAGGCAGUUAGCUGGCAGCAGGCUGCACUCAGACCAGUUGGCUGGUUAGUGGGAGGCCCUUUAGUUGGAAGUGAAAGAGGGACAGAAGAGAGACACAGUCUGUGAGCUGUCCAAAGGUUUUUUCCUCCACAUUUUUAACUUUUUUGGGACAAAAUCAGUUCCAAACUCUGCUCACUGGUGCAAACUUGCAGUGUUCAGGUGGAGGUCAAAGGUCGUGUGUGUGUCAUGACCCCACGGGAGCAGCUGAGGAAGAUGACAGCGCUGGGAGAGCAGGGGGCUUUGGAUGAGAAGCACUGGUACCGUCUGGUCAACGGCAUAUCAGCUGGAGAGCUCAGACAGAGGCAAGAGCUGAUAAUGAGGAACCAGAUGGCCAUGGCUCCACAGAUCCUUGCUCAGGGGCAGCAGAGGUUACAGGGGGUCCAAGCGCAGUUCGAACCUCGCUUCAUGGAGAGAGAGAUGGUUCAGCCCUCCGAGAUGGUAGCCUCCGAGGCCAGACAGAUGCAUAUGGGACCUCACCUGGGUCCACCUCUACCUCCCCAUGCCAAUGUCAUGCCUGGGAGAGGUUUCCCUGGAGCAGGUGGCUACGGCUUCUUACCCUCGGAGCCCAUGGAAACAGUUGCCCGGCGACAGGAGUUCAUUCACAAACAAAAUAUAGCCAGGAUGGAGAUGAACGCAAUACUGCACCAGAAGGAGCUGGAGAAUGCCCACCAGAAGGGACUUAUGGGAAUGGACAAUCACAUGUCGUACCCUUCCAACCACAUGGCGUUCAGAGGUCGUCAACGCAUGCCAGACGGCCACGAUGUCUUCGUCCACCGUCCCACCCUGGAUGAGUUGCACUCAAACAGCAUCCUCAUGUCAGCCAGUCCUUACCCACCAAUGAGCACGCUGCACAGAGAGAGGGGACGCAGGGCUGGCAGGAGGCCGAACGCUCACAAGAACGCAGAGAGCCACGUGUCCAACCUGAAGGGCCAAACUGAAGAUAAAAGUGUGGAGCAGAGCCCGGGGGCCACAUCAGGGGAGGAGAAAGAGGUGGAGGCAAAGGGGGACAUGGGAGAGGAGUGUCCCACCAGCAAGACGCAUCAUCAAGCAAAAAUAGACUCUGAGCUCGCCGCAGGAAGCAGGAAGAACUACAAAGAUGGAGAGCCAGGCCUGCGUAAAGCCUGUGUGAACAGUCAAGAUGGAUCAGAUGUGGCCAACAGCGGUGCAAAUGAUAAAGACAUAUCCAGCCAAUGUUCAGCUUUCCAGGAGAAGUUCAUGUAUCCCUCCGCUGGUGGAGCGCUCACUGGCAUGCCUUACAUGUUCCCAGUCCCUGGAAAUGGUUUCCUUCCACCUGGUCCACCCAAUCUCUUUCUUAAUGGUGAUGAGGUGUCUGAAGACAUAAGGAAGUGGACAGUGAAUGAUGUCUACAACUUUAUCAACAGUAUACCUACAUGUUCAGAAUAUGCUCAGACGUUCAAGGACCACAUGAUCGACGGGGAGACACUGCCGCUCCUGUCAGAGGAGCAUCUACUGGACACACUGGGGCUCAAACUGGGACCAGCUCUUAAGAUCCGCUCACAGGUAUCCAGGCGUCUGGGCAACGUGUUGUACAUGAUGAACCUGCCGCUCUCCACCUCAACCCAACAGGCCACCCCUGAGAAACACGCCGACCGCUCAUCAGAGAUCGGCUCCCCUGUGAACUGCAACAGUGAGGAGAUGAUGGCGAGUCCAAGAGACCCUGAUGUCCUCAAAUCCACAGAGCACCUGCAUGAGACAGAAAACAAUUCCCCUCCAUCUGCCAGCAGUGAGACAGCCUGAUCAGAACUGAUAAUGUGGACAGAUGUGAACCUAACCGGACCCAGCAGAGCACCUCCAGUACAGCAUGGCUCUUCCUGAACUGCCACAGUGGUGGAUUUGUUUACAUAAUGAUUAACUGGAUUGAAUAUACUUUUCUUUCUUUUUUUUACUAUUUGCUACCUGGCCAUUUAAUGCACUGGUUCACAUUAGGCCCAGGUGUCUGCUAAACAUUUGUAUUUUACAUAUACUGUACAUGUGCAUAUAUUUUUUAACAACAGUGGAGUGAGACUGAUGUGUGAGUUAUGAAACGAUAAGAAGGUCCAUUAUUAUUUUUCUUUUCUUCUUUUUCAUUACAGGCCUCUAAAUGUCUGAUUGUAGCUUUAAACUUAUUUUCAUUUUUGAGCUGCUAAUUGUCAUUUUUUCAGUAGGUCAUCAUAUGGACCAUAUACAUAAUAUGGGAAUGGUUUUAUAAUCGAAUAAUGACAUAUGUAAGUGAGAUUUUUGGAUGUUUGAUACCUUUUUGCGUUUGUUGGGUUGUAAAUAAAGUGUUUUUCUACAUAGAAAACCAGUACUGGUAUGGUAAGGAAUAAAUAAGUGAACAUCAAGAACC